AGUCGAAGGUCAAGAGCUUGAGGGGCAGCAUCCCGACCUCCAGACCUGCUCCUGGGGUGUGGGGCCGUGGGGUGCAUCUGAGAUGUCGGGCGGAGCCCAGGCCCGGGGCCGUUGCCCGGACUGCGGCUGCGCUGAGCUCGUGGAGGACUCUCACUAUUCACAGAGCCAGCUGGUGUGCGCUGGCUGCGGCUACGUGGUAUCCGAGGGGCUGCUCACCACCACCUUCGCUGACGAGGGCCACCUCCGAGAAGUGACAUAUUCCAAGAGUACAGGGGAGAAUGAGCGGGUCAGCCGUAGCCAGCAAAGAGGGCUUCGAAGAGUUCGAGAUCUCUGCAGAGUUCUGCAGUUACCAUCAACCUUUGAAGAAACGGCAGUGUCCUACUACCAACGAGCAUUCCAGCACCCUGGUCUCCAUGCUGCUAGACUCCAAAAGAAAGAGGUGUUGGUGGGAUGCUGUGUACUGGUCACCUGCAGACAACAUAACUGGCCCCUGACCAUGGGCACUAUUUGCACCUUGUUGUAUGCCAACUUAGAACUGUUCUCUGGCACAUACCUACAGAUAGUGAAAGUCCUAGGAUUGGAUGUUCCUGCCUUGAGCUUAGCAGACCUAGUGAAGACUUACUGUAGCAGCUUUAAACUGUUCCAGGCCUCCUCCUCUGUAGCAGUCAAGUUUGUGGAGGACAAAGAAAAGAUGAUCUCCCGGACACUACAGCUGGUGGAGCUGGCAAGUGAGACAUGGCUGGUGACAGGAAGGCACCCUGUGCCUGUGAUAACUGCUGCUGCUUACCUGGCCUGGAGAUCCCUGCAGCCUGGGGGCCGCCUGACCUGCUCCCUUUCCCGAUUCUGCAAGUUGGCAGGGGUUGACCUGCCCCAUCCAGCAUACCUCCGAGUUCAGGAGCUGCUGGCUAUACUUCUUCGGAUGGCUGGGCAGCUGGCCUGGCUGAGGAUAUUGAACUUGGAUAAACAAACAGUAGUAAAGCAUAUUGGGGACUUGCUCCAGCACCGGUGCAUUCUACUCCGCCAGGCUUUUCGGGAUGAAGCUGAAGAGCAGGAAGAUGGGCAGCAAGAGGAAGGAGAGGAGGCAGGAAGCAGUACCCUAGAAAUCCUUGAAAGGAAAAGGCCAGCCAGCUCCCCACCCCCUCUGCUACCUCCCUGCAUGCUGAGGCCUCCAAAGCGGCCCUGUCCUACUCCUGCUGAUUCCAAUAUUACUGGAGAUGAGGAUAUAUCUGACAGUGAGAUAGAGCAGUAUUUGCGUACCCCUCGAGAAAUAAAGGACUUCCAAAGAGCACAAGCAGCAAGUCAGGCUGUCACAGGUGCCCCUACUCCUUCCUGACUAACUUCAUGAGAACUUUGCAUGUGGCCUGGGGGGUCUGGUGGGACUUAAACUUUUCCCCUCUAGAGUGGUGUAGUGGGAAGAGUGCUGGAUUUAGAAGACCUUAGUUUGAGUUUUGCUGCAUUUCUCUUCCUUGCAGUAUGACCUUGUGUAAUCUUUGUGUAAAAUAAGGGCGCUGGAAUAAAAGAUUUCAUGGCCUAAUCCUGCUGCUGUGAUUCAGCAGUCCUCCAGCAGGGGACCAUUGAAGUCCAGGGGAAGACAAGUACCUGUGGGUCAUUGUCUACAAUGUGAUGUGAGGAAAAGAGACUGUUUUGUGUGUUUUGGCACUGUGUCCUAGAAGAGUGGGAAUGAAUGCAUUGAGCCCAGCAAUAUGUUGGUUGCAUUCUUCUGUUCUUGAUGGCAGGUUGACUUAAUAGGAAUAUUCUGACCAGGGUAGUAGAUCCCCUUAGUUUUUCCUUGAAAGCAUAGCAUUCCAUCCUGACUACAGGUUAAAAUUUAUGUCUUUUGAUAAAUGAUUAAAUGAUCUAGUCUG